AUGAAUUUAUUAAAUGAGAUCAAUAGUCUUAUUAAAACAUCACAAUAUCUAAAAGCCUUAAAAUUACUUAUAAGAUAUGAAUACUAAGAUUCUGCAGAAAUCUGCAUUAAAAUUGUUAGAAGAUAUUCAUAUGUUUGUAAUAAGUUACUUUUCAAAUAUUUACUGAAAUAUGACAAAAAAUCACAUAAAGUUAAGCCAAUUCUGUACAGAGCUUUCGAUGCACUUUAUAUAUGGAGUUAAUACUUACAAAAAGAAGAAACUAUACAUAAAGUUUUUACUCCUAAACGUUUAAGUUGCAUGUCUCCUUAAGCAUCUUAAAAAAUAAUUAAUCAAAGGACAAAAGUUAGUAGGAAAUGGCUCUUUCAAUAAAAACGAUUAUUUUUGUAAUCCUUAUAGGACACAUUAAAAUAUCAUUAUUAUUAUCUUAAGUUAAGAAAAGAAACUACUUUUGCUUUGUUAAUCUUAAAAAAAUUUAUAGUUGUUAGUUAUUUUAGUGAUUGCAAUUUUUAACUUCAUCAAAAGUCCAUUAAUAAUAGAUAAGAAAUGCUUUUGAUCAUUGGAUCAGCAUAUUUUGAAAUUAAUUCAAUGUAAUAAACUAUAGAUCAUCUAUAUUUAUCAAUUAUUUUAGGAUUAGAAAAAACAGUUAUUCCUCUAUUUUAUCUAAAAGAAUAAUUGAGAAUAUCACAAUCAGACAAGAAAUUUUAAAAAUAGAUUACUAGAUCUACUUCAAUAAUAGUUGCUUCAAUAUCACUAUUAGCUACAGCUCAUGAAUUAAAAGGUGAAAUUUAAGAAAUGUAAACUUGUAUUUCUUUUUCCAAAUUUAUAUGUUCCAUUUUGAUUUUCUUUGAAAAAUGUUAAGAAUUACAAAAAGUAAUUGAAUAAAUUGAUAAAAAUAAAUGGGAAGCUUAUUCUCUUCAUCUAUAAGAAAAUGGAGAGCUUAUAAGAUUUGCAAAAUUUUUAACAAAUUAUUAAAUUCAAAAAAAUAAUAUAAGCUUUACUCCAAGAACUUUAUAAGAAGAAUUACUUGAUAAAAAGUUAAAGAAAUAUGAAUAACCUUAAGUAAUUGUUAGCAAUCAUCAUUCAAUUGAAAUAGAAGAAGCUAAUCAUUUUCACAAGAAAACCAACAGUGAAUUAACUGAUACAACAUUAGCAUCUGGACGACCAAGCAAAUGUGGAACAGAAAUUUAAUUUUUUAAUGAUUCUUUAGGAUUAACUAGCAUAUCAAUUUAAUAACCCUCAGAAUUCUAAAAAUACAGGAAAUUUACAAAAGUACAUAAGUAUAAAAAAGGUGGAAACAAUUUUUUAGCAAAACUACUUUAAUUAAGUGAACAUAACAAAAAUGAGGAAUUUUAGAUAUAACCAAAAUAAAUCAAAAAAGAAAAUUCAUUUAGAACUUUAGAACAAGAAAUUAAUAGUAUGAUUGAUAGAAGAUUACCAAGAAAUCAUGUAGCUUUUGAAUAAUCUUAAUUCUUAUGCAAUAAAUUAAUUAAGUAAGAAUCUGAACAGAGAAAAGAAUUUCCAUUUGCUUAUGAUAUGUUAAAGUUUAAAUAAGAAUUUGGUAGUGGUCUAUGCAUUUUAGAAGAGAAUGUUUAAGAAGUAAAUUAUGAUAUAUUAAUAUUUAGUUUAAUAAACAUUUUGAAUUUAAUGUAUUAAUGUACUUUGAUUAUUUAACUUAAAGUAAGGAGAGUGCAAUGAGUAAUUUGAAAUAUAAUUAAAACUUUUCUAAAUUAAGAUUGGCUGAAUAAAAAUUGAUAUAAUCAAGAAAUUUAGUUUUAAAAAAGUAAGUUGAAUCAAUUCAAUAAGAAAAAGAAGAGGAAAAAAAGAAAGAUACAGAGAAUGAAACAUAAGCCAAUUUAUUAUUUGAAACUGUAUAAAAGAGAAAAACUAUGCUUUUUAACAUUUUAGGUACAAAUGAAACUCCAAUAAAAAGUCCUUAGACAAAUGAAAGUAAAGCUUAAAAGUUUGAAAAAAAUGUUUUUAAAUUCCCUUCUACUAAUACAACGCCAAAAAAUAAUUCUUUAAAUGAAUAGAUACGAUAAUUUAGUGCUUAAAGAGAAAAAUAAAUUUCAUAAUAAUUUUUUAAUAAAGCAUAAUCAACAAUUAAGGCUUAAUUAUUAGAGAGUGAAUUUUUGAUCGAGUAAAAGUAGAAUGUUAAAAAUAUUUCCGAACCUCCUGAAUUAUUAUUAACUAAAUUAGGAAAUAAGGAUGAUUUGGCUAAUUCGGUAAAACAUUUGAAAGCAUCAGGAUUUUAAAAGAUCUUAUUAAAAAAAAGGAAAACUACUAAGCUAGCUUCUACAAAGUUAUGA